CGGCUUCAACUUUCGUCCGGUGGGGAUCUGCUCGGCAGUUGUUACGGUUAAGGCAGUGCUUGUUCUAAAAGUGAAAUUGCAGAUUUUCUACAAAGUUUUUCAAAAAAGAAUCCAUUAAAACUGGUAGUUUUGUGUAAUUAAGCUACAAAACAAUAGUGAGAGUGUAACUAAAUCGAAAGGUACAGAAAAAUCCAAUUGAACGCAUCAUGUCCGAGAAGGAGCAACAAAAUGGCGAUCACCAGAAUGGACGUGAUGAAGAUGAAAUCCGUGAGCCCGAACAUCUGCGCAAACUGUUUAUUGGGGGUUUGGACUACCGCACAACGGACGAAACAUUGAAGGCGUAUUUCGAGAAAUGGGGCAAAGUCGUGGACGUUGUCGUGAUGAAGGAUCCGAAAACCAAACGCAGCCGUGGUUUCGGAUUUAUCACCUACUCAAAACCGUACAUGGUUGACGAAGCUCAGGCAAAGAGACCCCACAAAAUUGAUGGUCGCGUUGUUGAGCCAAAGCGUGCCGUUCCUCGCCAGGACAUCAAUAGGCCAGAGGCGGGUGCGUCGGUUAAGAAACUGUUCGUCGGUGGCUUGCGGGACGAUUUUGACGAAGAGCAUCUACGGGAUUAUUUCAGCACGUUCGGAAAUGUGGUCUCGGCCUGUAUCGUUACGGAUAAGGAAAAUGGCAAAAAACGUGGGUUUGGUUUUGUCGAGUUCGACGAUUAUGACCCGGUGGAUAAAAUUAUCUUGCAGAAAAGCCACACCAUCCAGAAUAAAAUGUUAGACGUCAAAAAAGCUUUACCCAAACAAGAAAUGGAUCGUUAUAAGAACGAAGCGAUCCGCGGCGGAGGUGGAGGCGGCGCCUGGGGUAACCAACCACGUGGUGGAGGUCCAGCGCAGGGUUGGGGCCAGGGUGGUGGUCGCGGAGGCGGUGGCUGGGGACAAAGCCAGCGGGGAGGACAAAAUGAUUGGGGUAAUGGAGGUUUCCAGCAGCAGGGAGGGUUCAAUAACGGAGGAUAUGGUAACGGUGGGGGCUAUAAUGCGGGUGCCUCCAGCUGGGGUAAUCAGGGUGGAAAUCCGUGGGAUCAAAAUUGUGCCCAGCAAGGUUGGGGCCAACAACAGGGCUGGGGUCAAACGGGGGGCGAAUUCGGAAACAGCUUCGGUAACAACUAUCAGCAGGGUUACAAUGCUGGUCCCGUGCGUGCCGGAGGAUACAACAACCAGCGAUCGGCACCGUACGGUAUGGAGUCGUAUGACGGUAACCAAGGCGGAUUCGGUGGAAGUAGCGGCGGAUAUGGUGGUGCCGGUGGAAAUCGUCGGUAUUAAGCGAUUCGGACAACCAAGAGAGGCUGGAACACGAAACGUAAUGUGCAAGGUGUUACAAAGAAAGAAGAACAGUAAAGUCAGUCGUGUAGACAUAGACAGGAAUGUAACAGGAGAAAGUGUAUGCAAAGAUGAUGAGCAAAGAGAUGACUUUAAUAGGCGUGAGGAAUGAGGAUUGAACCAGAGAAUGAGCGCAGGAGUUUUCUCAUUCGUAUUUUUAUUAAUAUAACCAAGGAUAUAACAAUGAAAAGGAACCACAACAAACACAAGUAUAUAGACAAAUCAUUCGAGAGGAAGGAGCAGAAGGCGAUUUUUAUUGACAGUGAAGAAGAAUCUUUAGUGUGAGAAGGAGAGAUGAGUGUGUACGGGGAGAAAAGCCAGAAGAGAAAGCGAAAGGAAAAGCCAGCAACGUAUAUAAACAAUCUCAGCGAGCCAACCGAAAAUUGAAGGUCGAUUCGGUGUAGUAAGAGGACAGCAAGACCAAGCAGGCAAAUUUUCUUGGCAAAAGGCAGAUUUACAUACUGUUCAUCAGAGAUGUACAAGUCUAUUUCCUUCCUAGUCGAGUAUCCCUAGUGCAGAAGAACACAACAUAAUUCCUCCAUAGAUCUCCAUUUCUUCGAGUGCAGAAAUCGCGGAAUAGAACUUUCCUCGCAGCUUUUCUUCGUGUGCAAGAAAAAAAACAAUUUGAUUUUUAAUGGAACAUUUGCAAAAAAAAAAAAAAGAAAUAUGCAAAACAUUAACUUAUAGCUCUAGAGUCACUAACGUUAGAAUCAGAUGAAGAGAAAUGAAUCCUUGUUUUCUCGUAAUAUAUACAGCGUAAUAAAACAAAAAGAUUGUAGUAAUGAUUAGGUAUAAAACGAAAUUCAUAAAAUCGUCCAUCUUAAAAUAUAUACACUGAACACUAAAAUAACCCAGAUUUACUAGUGAAAUGAUGGUAGAACAAAGAAAGGAAUUAUAGAGGAGUGAAAAAUG